UGCUCCACAGGUGCUGUUCAGAUGCUCUCCACCACUGUCAUAGGCUUCCUAAAGAUGUUUGUGCCCUGUUGCCUGUACCAGCACAAGUCCAGAACCGAGUACCCCCCCAACUUCAUCAUGAUCAUGCUGUUUGUUGGACUCAUGAGGUUCACCACUGUGGUUCUGGGCUUGGUGAGCCUGAAGAAUGUGGCGGUGUCUUUUGCAGAGACAGUGAAGAGCUCAGCGCCCAUCUUCACUGUUAUCAUGUCCAGGCUAAUCCUUGGGGAGUACACAG